AUGCAUAAGUCACGUAUUCCUUCGAUAAGUCUAAAACGGUCGUUUGAUGGGCAUGAAUUUGAUUCCCAAGUUUCUCGUUAUAAAAAGGUUGAUAAUAAAGAUCCACUUUCGGAGAUUACAAAUGCCGUAAUAUCAGCACCUUCAGUGCCGGACAUAGACAGCAUGAUGACGACCAAGGCGGUGUUCAAUUCGAAUGUAAAUAAUCCAAACACAAGGUUAAUGAAUAAGUACUAUUAUGGCGAUCCUAGAGUGAUAGAAGAGGUUAAAAGACGGGAGCGGAAAGUUCUGAAGGAUAUUCAUCAUUUUAAGAAGAGUAUUGAAGAGAUAGAGCAGGAUAUGAAGACGAUGCAGGGGGAGACGAUUCCCGGUCUUCGGUAUGAACUGGGUAAAAAAGCUACACUCUACAAGGAUUUAAGAGUUGAAACCACGCAUAUGACCACACGGUUAGACAUGUUGAAUAAUAAAUGUGAGGUUAUUAGGGCGAAUAACGAGCUGGCCCUUAAUAAUCUUACGCUUCAACAACAGCUCGAGGUGCAGAACUUAGAGGCGGAGCUAGAUCAGAAGAUUAAUGCCGUUAGGGAAGAAUGGGAGCUUAAGUUAUUGUCUUUAGAGAAGUUUAAGCCAGAUGAAGCAUUGGUGAAAGAAAUAGAACAUCUAAAAAUCGAGAGAAAUCAAUUACAAAAGAAAUGGAAUGAAAUACAUAGCAUGAACGAAGAAAAGCGUAAAAAUCACGAAAAAAAGUUAGAAAAAGCGCUUCAAGAAUUCAAGGACAAAAAGUCUAUGUUUUUGGGACAACUAAUGACCAAACAAAGUGUGUUGCUAAAGGAGAAACAGGAAUGGGAACUACAAGUGAAGGAGAUGCAUAAUACACUUGAGGAACAAAAGCAGGAAAAGGAAAAGUUACGCCAAGAGAUUCAAACUCUUGAGUUUGAACUGAAAUCUCAUGAGCUAAGCAUUCAACCCUUAAGUACUAAGCUUCACAAACUUGAAGAACAAUUAGAUCUGAACAGAUCUGAAACUGCAGAUGUGAAACAACAAGCCAUCCAAUCUGAAGCAGAGUAUAAUGCACUGUAUGAUAAAAUGGAAGAGGCACAAAUUAGCAGACGGAGAAUUGAAAAUACGAUAGAGGAGCUCCAUGGCAAAAUACGGUGCUAUGCCUAUGUGGAUGAUACUGCCAUAUCGUAUUCUGUCAACUAUGCCUCCAAGACCAUUAAGACGGGUGAAAGUAGACAAUAUUCAUUUAAUAGGGUGAUACCUAAAGAGAUAAUGCCUCUUCAGGAUUUGUUUAGACAGGAAUGUCAAGCAUAUAUGGAUAUGUGUUUACAAAAUCAUUCGAAUUCUAGCAUAAUAUCUUUACAACAUGAAAAGAAUCCCCUAAUUCAUGAGAUAAUUAUUACAUGGAUCUUGGAGCAAAAACAUGAUCAUGUCGAUUUUCAGUGUGUUCUCUUAUCAGAGAAUUCUCCUUCAUCUGAUAUGUUAGCCUCUGAUGUAUUAAGCACCGAUCGUGAUUCUGAUAGCGAAAUUAAAGUAACUGUUCAUGAUAAAUCUGUAUUUUUUGAGUCAAAGAAAGUGACCGUAUUUUCAGGGGCUUCCGCUGAUGAGCUACUUGGAAAAUUGAAACAAGAUGAUAAAGAUGAUGGAGUGAUUAUCCUAAAGUUUAAAAUAUGGCAUGAUAAGCAUUCCUUCAGCGAUGUUCAUUUUGUUGAGUUGACAUCGCCAUCUUACAAAUGCCUAAAAGCUGCAAUAUCUACCACAGCUACCAUAACAGAGACAGCAUCACCAAUAAGCAUAAUACUACGAAGUUUGUUAACACACACAAAAUCAUUAUUAUUGCUAACGCUUACACACGAGGACGAGCAUCUGUUAGACCUUUCACAUCAAAUAGGCCAACAGAAACAGCAUGCAUGUUGA